GGCGGGCAUGCGCAGUGGGGCGGCGGCGGCCGCGGGCGGGGCGCUGUUUACCCGCAGCCGGGCCAAGUCCGCGGCGCCGCGAGCGCGGGGCCGGCUGCCGCCGCUCCGAGCCGAGCCCGCCUCCCGCUGCCCCGCGCCGCCCGGCCCCGGCGGGGGAGGAUGCCAGACGUGCGGGCGCGGCCGGGGCGGCGGCGGCGGGGACGCGAUGGGGGCCGGCGGGGGCCGCGCGCGCUGCAGGCGGCCGGGCUGCGGGCUGGCGUCGGCCGGGGCCGCGGCGCUGCUGGCCGGGGCGAGCUGCCUGUGCUUCGGCCGCUCACUGCGCGGCGAGUUCGUGCACGACGACGUGUGGGCGAUCGUGCACAACCCCGACGUGCGGCCCGGCGCCCCCCUGCGCUGGGGCGUCUUCGCCAACGACUUCUGGGGCAAGGGCAUGGCCGAGAACACCAGCCACAAGUCCUACCGGCCGCUGUGCGUCCUCACCUUCAAGCUCAACAUUCUGUUGACGGGCAUGGACCCAUUCUACUUUCACGUGGUGAAUGUGAUCCUGCACUGCCUGGUGACGCUCGUGCUGAUGUACACCUGUGACCGAGCGGUCUUCCGGAGCCGGGGCCUUGCCUUUGUGACGGCCUUGCUGUUCGCUGUGCACCCUGUUCACACCGAGGCGGUGGCUGGAAUUGUGGGCAGAGCUGACGUGUUGGCAUGCCUCCUGUUCCUCCUGGCCUUUCUCUCCUACAACAGGAGUCUGGACCAGCAUGGUGCGGGGGGCUGUCUCCCUCCUGCGGCUUCACCCUUCUUCCUGCUGCUCAGUUUGCUUCUGGGGACCUGCGCAAUGCUGGUGAAGGAGACGGGUGUCACAGUGUUUGGAGUGUGCUUGGUUUACGACUUUUUUUCCCUCUCCCACAAGCAGGACCAGUCGUCACUGACUGCAAGCAGUGAUAGGAAUUGCCUGCUUACCAUGAGGCCAUUUUUUAAAAGGGCCAUUUUGGUCAUAAGUUAUGUCAUUGUCAUUUUGUACUUCCGCCUGUGGAUAAUGGGAGGAUCUAUGCCCCUCUUUUCAGAGCAGGAUAAUCCAGCUUCAUUUUCGCCUUAUAUUCUUACAAGAUUCCUUACUUAUUCCUACCUCUUGGCCUUCAACGUGUGGCUUCUGCUCGCACCUGUUACCCUGUGCUACGACUGGCAGGUUGGCAGUAUUCCUCUGGUGGAGACCAUAUGGGACACGAGGAACUUGGCCACCAUCUUUCUGGCAAUUGUGAUGGCCUUACUGAGCCUGCACUGCCUAGCAGCCUUCAAGAGGCUGGAGCACAAGGAAGUCCUCGUGGGCUUGUUGUUCCUGGUGUUCCCGUUCAUUCCCGCCAGCAACCUCUUCUUCAGGGUGGGCUUUGUGGUGGCCGAGAGAGUCCUUUACAUGCCUAGCAUGGGCUACUGCAUCCUCUUUGUGCAUGGGCUAAGCAAGCUCUGUGCGUGGCUGAAUCGCUGUGGAGCCACCACCCUGAUUGCAUCCACCGUGUUGCUUCUGCUGCUCUUCUCCUGGAAAACUGUGAAGCAGAACGAAAUCUGGCUGUCAAGGGAGGCCCUGUUCAGGUCUGGAGUUGAGACUCUGCCCCACAAUGCCAAGGUUCACUACAAUUACGCCAACUUCCUGAAGGACCAGGGCCGGAAUAGGGAAGCCAUCUAUCACUACAGGACCGCACUCAAGCUGUACCCACGCCAUGCGAGUGCCCUGAACAACCUGGGAACACUGACGAGAGACGUGGGGGAGGCGAAGCGCUACUACCAGAGGGCCCUGCAGCUGCACCCACAGCACAGCCGUGCACUCUUCAACCUCGGGAACCUCCUGAAAUCCCAGGAGAAAAAAGAAGAAGCUGUCGCCCUGCUGAAGGAGUCCAUUAAACACGGCCCAGAAUUUGCAGAUGCGUAUUCCAGUUUAGCCUCCUUAUUGGCCGAGCAGCAAAGAUUUAAAGAAGCCGAAGAAAUAUACCAGGCUGGAAUAAAGAACUGUCCAGACAGCUCGGAUUUACACAACAACUAUGGAGUCUUCUUAGUUGAUUCUGGCUCCCCAGAGAAGGCAGUGGCCCAUUACCAGCAGGCUGUCACCCUGAGCCCCAGCCACCACGUGGCCAUGGUGAACCUGGGCAGACUCUACAGGUCCCUGGGCGAGAACAGCAUGGCUGAAGAAUGGUACAAACGAGCCCUGCAGGUGGCCCGUAAAGCCGAGACUCUGUCGCCCUUGGGAGCACUUUACUAUAACACCGGCCGCUAUGAGGAGGCACUGCAGGUGUACAGAGAGGCUGCGGCACUCCAGCCUUUGCAGAGGGAGCCUCAUCUGGCACUGGCGCAGGUUUUGGCUGUGAUGGGCCAGACGAAAGAAGCAGAGAAGAUCACGGAGCGCAUUGUGUCGGAGGAGGCCGGAUGCCUGGAGUGCUACCGCCUCCUGUCGGCCAUCUACAGCAAGCAGGAGGCCCACAAGAAGGCGCUUGAUGCUAUAGACAAGGCCCUCCAGCUGAAACCAAAGGACCCAAAAGUAGCAUCUGAACUUUUUUUCACGAAAGGCAACCAGCUAAGGGAGCAGAACCUUCUGGAUAAAGCUUUUGAGAGCUACAGAGUGGCCGUGGCCCUGAACCCCGAGCAGGCGCAGGCCUGGAUGAACAUGGGGGGGAUCCAGCACAUCAAGGGAAAUUACGUGUCAGCAAGGACUUACUAUGAGAGAGCUUUGCAGCUGGUUCCAGACAGCAAGCUGCUGAAGGAAAACCUCGCCAAAUUGGAUCGCCUAGAAAAGCGACUACAGGAAGUUCAAGAAAAGGAUCAGACGUAGCACCACGGAGCCCAGGACCAUAGGACAGUGCUCGUGGCUUCAGAAGAGAACAGAUGACAGUACAACCUGUGAUGCUUUCCUCUCACAGCACCCCUGGCUGAAGGAUCUGCGUUGCCGUGAAGGAAGAAAAACCGCAGACAAGGCAGGAAGUUCUGAGAGGGGCAGAACUCGGCAACUACACAUUUUAUAGCUGUUCUUCAGUCUGAGUCCCUCUUUCCCUAGGUAGCAUUUCUGUGCUUUUGCCUCCUGGGGACCUAAUUCCAUUUCUUCUUUAGACUCUUAGACCUAGAAAUACAGAAGCAUUGAAAUGCUAUCAAGGAGGGCAUUUGCUCUUCAUGGAGUGAGCUGUUUCAGAAAGGGUAAAUCCUCUGAGUGAGCCGUUCAGGAAGGUGUACCAAGUGGAGGUUCAGUGAAUUCUCCUGAACCAGAAAUGAGUAUCUAAUAGCUCUUGUAGAACCACGCAGAAUAUAUGAGAAAAAGGGCUACUGCUGAGUGAGCUUUAUCUAAAUCUCCCCAAGGAUGCUAAUAGAGACCUUUUGAGGGGUAAAUUAAAUUCUGCACUGGUGCAAGUUUAUCUAUUGCCUAAUGCAAGAAAAAGGGAGCUUCUGGAGUUGUAUGAGUGUGUUUGUUCCUGCAGGAAAAGCAAGGAGCGUGAUGCCCUUAAUGUUUUACAUCAUGAGUUUUGUUGCAAAUAUUACUAGAGUAGUGGUUCUACUCUUCAGAUUUCAGAAGUGCAUUUAAAAUCAGAAAUGUUUCCACCCUCAAAUAUAUUGUUAUUUAGGUGGAGAAAGAUAGUAUAUUCUACAUAGAAAAUAUUAAAGAUAUUAACUAAGAAAUGUCCUACUUUAUUAUCUGAAUGUUUAGACAUGAUGAAUUUAUUAUUUUUUUGAAAAUAUAUUUAAACAUUGGGGAAUCUACAAUAUAUAUAGCAAAAUCUUCAUAGACUCUAAUUAGAGGGAAAAAGAGCUCUAUUUAUUUGUCUUCUUAGGCUUAGUGAGAAUUCUGUUCUUAAAGCAUAAGUGACCGAGACCUGGCAUUUGCCCUUCAUUUGUAAUUUUGAAGAUUUCAUGGAGAGUACUCUAAAAAUCUAAGGAAGAAGUCUAAAUUCAUAAUUUUAAAUAUUUAUAUUUGUAUUUAAAGGAGGAAGGAGGCAAAGUUAAACUCACAAUUUGACAUCUAUUUUUAGGUUAUUUAUUUCAUAACUUAUAAAAUAUUUAAUAUAUACUUCUUUUUUUCUCUGUACAUAGUGGUUUUAAUAGCAGCUUCCAAAACUGAGAAUAUAAGGUACAAGUCUAAAUUACAAAAUGAUUCAGCUUUAACAGUUCAAAAAAAGAUUGUAUUGAUUAUUCACCACUAAAAUUAACAGAAUCCAGGAGUAGCCACCAAAUGUUUAGGUUGGCAGUGUCUUUUGGAGGUGAAGAAAUCAGAACACCUAGUUCUAACUUGGUUGUGGUCACUGAAAACAUAGCUGGGUGUCCAAGGCACUGAGUGUGUGUUUCACAGAUGUGGGGCCACAUGGGAGAAAGCCUCCUUCCUCCCCCUGCCCUGGGCUCAGGAAAUGUGGUCCUCCCUGUACUCAUUUAUUAAAGGGAAGCCUACAUUCAUGGAAGAAAACCUCCUUGGGAAACAGUGUUGGGGGGGCUGUUUUAAAUGCAAACAAUGGCAGAAUUUGAGCAUGUGUCUGUCCUCUCCGUUAAUAACCCGAAAGUGUCCAUGUACCACCAUGAUCUUCUGUCUCUAAGUCUUCCAGUGUUACAGACUACAAAUUUGUCCAAAAUCAUAUUUUCUUCCCUCUCAAAGUAUAAUUCUGUGGCCAAAAUCAAAGAAAUGCAGUACAGUAUUUAUUGUUAAGUGAUCUCGGCCCCUAAAUUUAAAACCCCUUGCUAUAAUCAUUCAUUAUCUAUGACUUUUAUCACAGCUCCUCACAAUAGUCUGUAACCAAAAUGCCUUCUUUGGAAGUUACUGCAAAACACUUGCACCCCAAAUUCUGAAGAAAUUAUGCCUUACUUGUAGUGCUACUAAGGAAGGACUGUGUAUUUGAUGGAUAAUUAAAACAGCAAUGAUGGCCUAAACAUUGCAGAGGGAGAAAGAGUCAUGUGGCCGCAGGAGACUUUCUCAGGCUGCUUCGAGGUUUCUGACCCUCAACCCCUAUUUUCCCUCUCUCUCUCUCUGUCUCUGUCUCUCUGUCUCUGUCUCUCUGUCUCUGUCUCUCUGUCUCCUCGGCCCCCUAUUCUCUGUCAGCACACACCAGCAUCUUUUUGAACACUAAAAGUAAGCACUGUUUACAAAGGAGCAUUGUUUGUUGGAUCAGACAGUUUUAUCCUUCUUUGAAAUGAAGCCGGCGAAAUAGUUUUCUCCAUUGAAAUGGUGUCUACAACAAAAUAAAUUCCAUUUUAUUUUUCAAAACCAAGUGUAUCUUGUACCUUUGUAUUUGGUCCUUGUAAAGUGAAAUCAUCAGUGAGUUCGUCCUUAUGAGAAUACACACAGAGCUCCCUGCUGGUCGGGGCCAUGCCCGCAUGCCCCCGCAGAUGUGGGGCUGACUCCUGGCCGGGCCUCUGCACAGGCUCCAGUGUCCUGCCUCAGGGCCCCCCCUCUUAUUCUUAAUAAUGCUGAAAUUUGUGGUGCAUCCUGGAACUCUGUAAGAAGUGUUGGGUAGGAAGGAAGAUGGAGGGAGGAGUCCCUUGGUCCUGGCCAAACGCUUAAUUUGAUGCUCAGUGUCCUUUGUGACGUUACUGUGAGCAGCCGUGUUUUCCUCUCCUUCUCCUCCUGGCAGUCUGUCUUCAAUGCAGUGUGCGACUCACUCUCACUCACCUCACAGGAAUUGUAUGUGGUAGUGUAUGUACUUCAGUACAUGAAAAUGGCUUUAGCAAUCUAUUUUAUUAUUUUUAAUUUAGUUUCUAUUUAAAAAUUUUCAAAUGACUCAGAUAUUUUUCAAUUUAUUGAUGGUACUCAUCAAACUGGAUUCAGUGCUGUAACACAGACGUAUGAAACCAAAGAUGCAGAUCCUUUGGAGGGAAAUAAAAUUUUACUUUAGGGAAUACAAAGAUGAUGUUUACCAUGAAGCCUAUCACAAAGCAAGGAGGAUUGCCAACACUUGAAAUCCGACUCCCUGGAGUACUUCAGAAUCCUUAGCACAAGAUUUUGAAAUCUAUCAUAGGUAGUACCUAGUUUGCUACAGAAUUUCCCAGUACUUGGGCAGCUGCUUUCAGCCAGACUAAAUGAGCAUAUCCAAGCCUCCCCUUACAGGAAUAUCCAAGCCUGCCCACAAGAAUGCUAAACUGAGGGAAAAUGAAUGGAAAGUCUUUUUCCUAGUUUCUGUUAGACUGAACAGAGCUGCAUGUGGCGGAUACGGAGGUCUGUCCUGUCACAGUGGCACUCACUCUUAGGAAACAACCACAGAGACUUCCACACCCCAGCUUCCUGGCUGCCCUGCUGACAGCUCUGAUAGGCCCAAGAUGGACAACACUGCGGGACGGGCAGCUUUCAUGGAAGUUUCUGAGUUUUAUAGAAGAGUUUGUUUACACUUUUGGAAUUUGUUCUUUCAGUAAUAGACUGAAAUGAGCCAAAGACUUGGCAAGAGUGACGUAUAGCAUGAUGGGCUGGUGCAUUGUCGUUCUGUGAUUGACACUGGUGGCCAGGUGGUGAUUUUGUACUUGCCGCAACCAGACUGACACUAAACGGACCUUAGUUUUACAUGCAGAAUUUUCAGUUCUCUGAUGGAGAGGCAUUGCCCUGGCAUUCACACACACUAGAUAAAGCACCCAGAGUGUAAAACCUGGAGGAGGUGUCCCUGGUGUAGAGUUCAUAGCUACACCUGUGUCUUUCUGCCUGACACAUUCACAUGCACUCUGGUUAAGCAUUUCUUUUCUGUCCUCCCUUUCUGUUCUUCCUGUAUCCCUCCUUUUUCUUUUCUUUGCAGUGCUGGGAUUAAAACUUGUACCUUCUGUAGGCUGAGUCACUGUGAGCUAUACCUCCAGCUCCAGUCAGCUAUUUCUGAGCUGUGCUUGCUAGAAUCAGUUUCGGAGAAGAGACAUACACAAACAGGAACAUUUGCCUUGAUUUAUGGUGGCCUCACCUCUUAGAACAAGUAAGCCUGGAGAGCAUUAAUAAUGACAUUUAGAGCAAAUACCUACAGGUAGUCCCCCCCCCCCACAGCCUGUUUACAAAUUGCAUUCACUUCGGUUGAUUGUUAAGUGGGAAGCUCCCACAUACAGCAAAGCAGAGCUACCUAAAUGGCAACCUUGUGAGAAAAGUAUACUGUUAAAACUUGUAGUUAGGCUGCAAGUGGAAUGAAGUUUAGUGUACCAAAAAAAAAAAAAUAUAUAGGGAAAUAAUAGAAAUUUCUAUGGUUACUCUUUACGCUUUUGAUACAGAAUAGAUAUGUGGAGUUGUUCCAAAAAACAGCAUUUCCCUCAGUAUUUUUAAGUUCUUUGUUCUAAAGAAGGAAAAUAAUUAAAAGUCAUAAGAUACUUAUAGCAACCAACCAAUUCAUACCAAGAUGUGUCAUUUUUAUUACCAAGAAUCUUUUCAGUUAAAACCUUUAGGGUGUAGAAUCAGCACCCCUCACAGUUUGUGGGCAUUAUCAGUUUGUGAGUUUUGGUCACCAGUAAUUCCCACUGGGAAGAGGUGUCAACCUCCAGAGAUCUGGGACUUCCUUCCCAUUGUUUGGGUGCGCCAAAUGUGUACUUGUGUCACGUGUGGUAGAUUUCGGUGUACGUACCUCCCUUUGGGGAUUCUUUAUCUUGUUGAUACCUAGGAUGGGACCUUAGUCCAAGAAUCCAUUUAUCUGAGGUCCAGUCCACGCUUUGUCUCAGAGCUGCCAGUGUCUCAGUUCAGUCCCUCGAAGUGCUGUGCAGCCUGGGUCCCGCUCAGCCCUUCGAGCCCCCGGGGGUUGGGGGCUUGACCUCUGGGUGGACAGGGCUCUACAUGAGGAGAGCACAGUAGUGCUGCUCUUUGUUUAAAUGAUCCGCUGUGGCUGGAAUCUCACUGCAACAGGGCACGGAGACGCCCCUAAAGGUUGCUGUUCUGCCUGAGUGCUUUCACUUGACAGAGGGAAUUGCUUUUAUUCUGUAGUCUGUGCGUUUGGAAAUUCUUAGUAAUUUUGUUACUUUUGUGGGGGAAAAGAUAAUCCUUCUCCAUAAGGGAUGAAAAGAUCUGUAGAAGCCACCACUUGCUUUGGAACAUGGAAAUGAUGUGGCUUGCUGUGACUCCUGUGGGACCAGCCUUCUCAUUGUCAGGAGGAAAUGAAGUCACUUGUCACCCUUGUUCACAGUGCUCCUAGUUGUUGUUGGAACCAUUGUAUGUAACUGCGCUCCCGUCACUUUGCUGUACCCCUUAGAAGUAUAGUGUCCAUAAAGAUUUUCUCCCAUGCAGUCUGAUUAUGUAUAUUUUGCCUAGGUCUUUCCAAAGUAAAAUUUAUGUAAAUGUCUAUUUUAUAUAAAACAUGAUUUAAAAACUA